GAUGACUCGGAUCCGCUACGGCUGUUCAACACCCAUCUCGAAGGCGGAACUCUUACAAAAGAACUGGCUCUUUCGCACCUCAAGGCGCUAACCAAAAUGACUCACUAUGGAACCGGUUCAGGAGAAGCCACCAUCAAAUGGAUGUGGAAUGAAUACGACAAAUAUGACGACUCAAAAGUGGACAGAGAUCUUCUGGAACAGACAAUAAGACACCUCGUGAGGGAGGGCAAGGAGGAAUUGGCAUGGAGCUGGAUUGAACAGGAGAGCCGGAGGACCAACGACUCCUUAAAUCCGGGGGUUCGAUUUAUCUGGAGAGCCGCCACGGCGAGUGCACUUGUUGCAGCAAAAGCAUUCUCUGCGGAUCAUGACAACCUUGACGGGGCUCUGGAAACGUUCUUUCGUGCGAAGUCCAGCUCGUACUCGAUCCCGCUUAGUAGGGCUAGAACAAACAUUGCGACGCUACUUAUGAUGCCACGGGAGAAGAUGGUCAUGGACUCUACAGAUGUCGACAUCGAAGUACUUAGGUGGCCAAACACGAGCACGGAGUUGUGGGAAACCUUUCUCGAGAGCAUUGACGGCGAAGUAUACUCCGACGAAGCACUCUCGGUGCAGCUAUCACUAUACCAUCCUCGAGUGCCAAAUGCAUUUCCGUACCUCGAGCAUUGUCGAUACCUGGCAGAGAAGAAGGCCGUCGUGACUCGCAUGGUUAGAAAGCCAUCAGUAAUUCCUUGGACCAGGCAGGGUCUACACGCCGAGGCAGUAUUGCGACAACAAGGACACGAACAGCAUGCCGACUGGUUGGGGGACUUCGUUAGAGUGUUGUAUAAAAGGUCGAAAUGGAUCAGGAAGAAGGAGGAGACAGAGGGAAGACGUUGGUGA